AUGUUGCGCAACUUGGCAUUACUGGCAGCCUCCUGCCUAUUCGCUCAUCACGCAAGCUGCCACGAUGCAAGCAGCCCUCAGGAUCAUCUCUCCGCCGCCAGCGUCCCUGCCAAAAGGGUCGCCAUCAUAGGCGCUGGCGCCGGCGGAUCAUCCGCUGCCUACCAUCUGUCCGGGUACGCAUCAGCGGCCGGCAUCGCGACCAACAUCACCGUCUUCGAGCGGGCGCCCUACAUCGGCGGGCGCUCGACCACCGUGCACGCGUACGAUGUGCCCUCCAUGCCCGUCGAGCUCGGCGCGAGCAUCUUCGUCCAAGUAAACCAGAUUCUCGUGGACGCGGCGGCGCGCUUCAACCUGUCGUCCGACGGCCUCGGCGAUGCAAUCGCCGUCGAAGGGGAGGAUGACGACGACAAAGGGCGCGACUUGCUGGGCGUGUGGGACGGACACCAGUUCGUGCUUACCACCCCGGAUGACAUGGGCUGGUGGGACAAGGCCAAGAUGCUGUGGAAGUACGGGCUCGCACCGAUUCGCACCAUGCAGUUGAUGAAGAAGACGGUCGGUGCCUUCCUGAACAUGUACGAUGCCCCGCAUUUCCCGUGGACGUCCAUCUCAGAAAUAGCACACGAGCUGGGCCUGGUGGACGCAUCCGCAGCGACGGGAGCCGAGUUCUUGAGGAAGAACGGGAUCGGGGAAGCCUUUGCGCACGAUGUGGUGCAGGCAAGCACCCGCGUAAACUACGCCCAAAACCUCGCCCUCGUCAACGGCCUCAUCUCCAUGGUCUGCAUGGCCACCGACGGCGCCAUGAGCAUCGACGGCGGCAACUGGCAAAUCUUCGCCGCCAUGGCCACCGCCGCAACCCACGACAUCCGGCUCAACACGACCGUCUCCGCCCUCGCCAAGCAAGCCGACGGCACCUACCUGCUCACCCCCUCGACCGCAACCACCGGCGCCGCCGCCGCCCCGGAAGCCUUCGACGAAGUCAUCCUCGCCGCCCCCUACCAAUUCGCCAACAUCACCUUCACGCCGCACCCCCCCAAGCACGUCCCGGACGCCAUCCCCUACGUCCGCCUGCACGUCACCCUCUUCGCGUCGCCGCACCGCCUCUCCCCCGCCGCCUUCAACCUCGCCCCCGGCACGCCCGUCCCGCGCGUCGUCCUCACGACGCUGGGCGCCGACGACGCGCCCGGCACCAGCCCCGACGACAACCGCUCGCGCGCCGGCGCCGCGGGCUUCUUCUCCAUCUCGACGCUGCGCACCGUGCGCCACCCGCGCACCGCGCGCCGCGAGCACCUCUACAAGAUCUUCUCGCCCGCCCCCGUCUCCGGCGCUUUCCUCGCCAAGAUCCUCGGCGUGCGGACGGAGUUUGACGACGGCGAGAGCGACGUGGGGGAGGAUGCGGCGGGCCGCAGGGGCUCCGUGACGUGGGUGUAUCGGAAGGUGUGGGAUAGCUAUCCGUAUGAGUGGCCGCGGGUGACGUUUGAAGAGGUGCGGUUGGAUGAGGGGUUGUGGUAUACGAGUGGGAUUGAGGGGCUGAUUAGCACGAUGGAGACGAGCGCGCUGGCGGGGAAGAACGUCGCGAGGUUGGUUGUUGAUGGGUGGGUUGGCCGUGGUGAGGAAACGGGUGGUCGAGGAGGUGUCGGGAAGGAGGGCGACGAGGAGGGGGUGAAGGAGCUUUGA